AGUUCAGCUUGCGGCAAACUCGUUACACCUGAUUGUCAAGUCUCACUUUGGGGACUUGGGAGUUCCCAGGAGCCAACAGCACAUUCAGAUAUCCCAGCAUUGAGACGGCGUCUCAUCUUGCUUUGUGUUGGUUUUGCGGAGUGGGGAGCUGACGGCAGGACUGGAUAUUAACAGCAGAUGAAGAGGACAGCAAUGAAGGCUAUGUCACUUUUCCUAGUUUCUUUGAGAGGCCCUUUGGAAUAAUAAAACUAAGCCCUUCUUGGGAAGUACUUUAAAAAGGAGGGGAUGUACCACCAUGAGGAAACAGUUGGCUUUCCUCAAUUGCUUCUGGAACAAAUUUUUGCCCAACAGUGUUCAAUUUAACCACUCUCUGAAGUUCUGGGAGCCGGCCCCAGGAACCCUACAUUCCACACUGGAUCCCAACCCGGAGGAACCCACUUCCUCCCUCUUUGGGGUGCUAUACGACUUCACAGCCAGGAGUGCAGAUGAGCUGAGCGUCAACAGAGGAGACAAGCUUUGUGUCCUCAAAGAAGAGGGAGGGUACGUCUUGGCAAGGCGGCUUUCUGGAGAUCCAGUCGUGGGCUACGUCCCUGCCAAUUAUAUCAGCAAAAUCAGCCAGGAGUCUUCUGCCCAGCAGCCUUGGUACAUAAGCGGGAUCAGCAGAAACAAGGCCAACCACCUCCUCCUCUCCCCUCCCAAUCACCAUGGCUCCUUCCUCAUCCGGGAUAGCGAGAGUAACAGAGGGGAAUACUCUCUAUCAGUUCGGAAUCAUACCAAAGUGCGACACUUCAGAAUCUACAAGGAGCCCGGAGGAAGUUUUUACUUGGAAAAGAGGCACACAUUUCCAAAUCUUGAGCAGCUCCUUACCUAUUACACUAUCAACUGGAAGGUCAUACAGAGCCCCUUGCUUCAGCCCUGCAUCCAGAAGAGGCCUCACGAGACGGACCAGUGGGAGCGUCCCCGCUCAGAGUUCCAGCUCUGGAGGAAGAUGGGCGAAGGAUGUUUUGGACAGGUGUGGGAAGGAACGUGGAAGAACACAGUGCCAGUGGCCGUCAAAAUCAUGAAGCAAGCGGACAUGAGGGAUGACUUUUCCAAAGAGAUCCAGAACUUGAAAAGCCUGAAGCACGCAAGGCUCAUCAAGCUCCUUGCCAUCUGUUCUGUGGGUGAGCCCGUCUACAUUGUCACCGAGCUGAUGAGAAAGGGCAACUUGCACAGCUACCUCAACAGUUCAGCAGGGAAAGAACUCACCACGCAUCACCUGCUCAGCAUCUCUUGCCAAGUGGCUGAUGGGAUGACAUACUUGGAAGAACAGCACAUCGUUCACAGAGACUUAGCAGCCAGGAACAUUCUGGUGGGAGACGAACUUUCUUGCAAAAUUGCUGAUUUUGGUCUUGCCAGGCUCCUCAAGGAUGACGUCUACUCCACCACUAGCAAUGUCAUGAUCCCUGUGAAAUGGACGGCUCCGGAAGCAGCCAUCUACCACACUUACUCAGCAAAAUCAGAUGUUUGGUCCUAUGGGAUUUUUCUCUAUGAGGUCUUUACAUAUGGGCAAUGCCCAUAUGAAGGGAUGACCAACCAAGAAACUAUCAAGCAGAUCAUGAGGGGCUACCGCCUUGCUCGCCCGAGCGCCUGCUCUCCUGAAGUCUACAGCAUCAUGCUGGAAUGCUGGAAGAGUCAUCCUGAAGAGAGGCCAGCUUUUCACAGCUUGCGGGAGAUGCUCUUCUCUAUUUACAAAUGGGCCCGUCACCCAUUUUCUUGAAGGGGGGGGAAACGCCAUCUGCGGCGUUUAAAGUGGACAGUAAAUCCUGCAUCCUCCUCAACAGGAUCAGCAGAACUGCUAGAGAACAGCCAGCUCAAGUCAGCCUUGGGCAUGAAGACGUUGGAAUAUAUGAAGGCCUUAUUUUCGGGAGGUAUUCCGUGAGAUACCUUGAUUCUGCCUAGGGAUGAGGGCCCUUUGGUUUUGCUGGCUGCAUCUGCCAGAAGAUAAUUCACUAUAGAUGCUGCACAGCCAUGACGUCAUUGUGAAGAGAGAAGUUUAAAUAUUUAAAUAAGCUAAGGAAUGAGAUUGCUUUACUUGCUGUGUGCAGCAGUUGACUUUCAUUAUUCAAUAAAAGUGUGCUAACAAA